AGCGGGAGCAGAUGGCGGUUUUGUGGGUGUCCUCCUCACGGAUGCGGAUCUGGUGGAAGCCACUGCGGAGGUCGAUCUUGGUGAAGUGUUUGGCCCCACGGAGGCGAUCAAGAAGUUCGGAUAUCCGGGGAAGCGGAUACUUGUUCUUGAUCGUGAUCUGGUUCAAGGCGCGGUAGUCCAUGCACAUGCGGAGUUCCGAGGUGCCGUUCUUCUUGACGAAGAGACAGCUGGUACCGAAGGGGGACUUCGAGGAGGUCGCGGAAGAUGUGGUUCAUGGUGGAUUGGAAUGUGGCGGGGGCGUUGGUGAGACCGAAAGGCAUUACGAGAAAAUCAUAGUGCCCGAAGCGGGAGUAGAAGGCGUUUUUGUGGGUGUCCUCCACGCGGAUGCGGAUCUGGUGGAAGCCACUGCGGAGGUCGAUCUUGGUGAAGUAUUUGGCCCCACGGAGGCGAUCAAGAAGUUCGGAUAUCCGGGGAAGCGGAUACUUGUUCUUGAUCGUGAUCCGGUUCAAGGCGCGGUAGUCCGUGCACAUGCGGAGUUCCGAGGUGCCGUUCUUCUUGACGAAGAGACAGCUGGUACCGAAGGGGGAGGAGCUAGGCUUAAUGAAUCCUUUUUCAAGGAGUUCAUUGAGUUGGCGCUUCAUUUCUUCAGCCUCGGGGACGGAGAGCUGGUAUGGGGGGCGGCAAGGGGGGGAGUGGCCGGGCUCAAGAUCGAUGGUGUGGGAAACACCUCGAACUUCGCCGUCGAUGCUCCAAAGGAGACGGCGACGAACUUGAGCUGGAACUGGGCGGUCCCGGCACAAGCGGAGGAGAUCAUGGCGUUGAGGCGGCGCUCCUCGAGGCCUAAUCUAACAAGCCGAGUGUGUCGGUCUUGUUCCUCAACGAGAUCGGAGAAAGUGAUGGCGGAGGGGUUGGGGAGGAGGGUAGUGGAACAUGUGGCCGUGGGGUGCUCAGCCGACGGAAUAGAGAACAUUGUCGGGAGGAGGGCAGGCGAAGUAGACUUCGACGCCUGUGGGGUGUCCGGUGAGAAAGUUGUCACCGGCAGACGAAUUGUUGAUGCUAGGACAUGGCUACAAGGGGCGGGGGGACAGUGUUCAAGUGGAGAAGGGCCCAGAGGCCGCAGUGGAGGAGGAGGAAGUGGAUGUGGGAGGGCUGGAUCCGGUGGGGCGGGAAGCCUGGUGGGUGGAGCGGCCGGCCUUGGGGCAAUUGGUUUGCUGAUGCCCCAGCUGGCGGCAACGGAAGCAACCGCUGUUGGCCUGGAGGACGGCGCGUUCGGCGGGGGUGAGCUUUUUGAGACGAGGGGGUUGGGGGGAGGAGGAAGGCUGGGAGGCCAGGCGUUGCCGUUCCAUCCUCAUGAGAUGGACAGCCUGGAAGUCUUCCUCGCAUCGAGAGCAACAGCAAACACCGCAGCUAGGGAACAGGCUGCCGCAGCAGCUAGGGCAGCAGUCAUGACUAGCUCAGCAGCAUCCUCUGCGGCUUUGUUAGGGACUAAUGGGAUGAGUGUGGGAAUGCCAACUAGUUCCACAAGUUCCUCGGGCACUUCCGGAUCAACAAGUUCUAGACAGUCUACUAGUCAGAUGGCGGGCUCGCAGUACAGCCCGCUGACCGCACGUGAGCGGGAACUCAGGGAACUCCAACAGGUCGAAAGGGUCCGCGAAAGGUUGGACUUCAUGCAGAGCACUUUGGACCAGAUCCUGGAUGUAUUGACAAGGCCAGGAUUCAGGCCACCAGCACAAUCGCCGUUGCCGUUAACGGCGAUGUCAGGUCCCUUUCCCGUACAAGCUGGCACACAGCCAAGUGGUACGUCUGCAGCAGUCUCACAGACUGUUGCAUCUUCUUCUUCGGGUCCAGUGGUGAUUGCUACAUCACCACAACAACCUGUUCAACAAUCUGGACAGCAGCAAGGUCAAUGGUACCCCAAGMCCCCAAUGAAACCGCCUCUUGCCUUCUCAGGCGAGAGAAAGGACGAGGAACUCAACACAUGGUUGAGGACGGUCCCGGUUUGGGUGAAGGCAAAAAGGACCUUGCCAGAGGAUGAGGUGGUAACUGCAGCAUCUUACCUAGAGGGUAAAGCAGCCAAGUGGCUAGAUGGUGUAGUUGUGAAGGCCGGGUACGGGCGACGCAUGGCGGAUUGGGCUAAGUCUUUGACCUUAGACCAAUUCAUGGAGAUGGUAGAAGCUCUAUGGCAUAACCCACAGGAGGCCAUUAGGGAGCUUACAACUACCGUGGAGGGCCUGAUCCUCGUCCCGGGCAUCAACUACAGUAACCAGUUCCUGUUAACAACUUUUGUUAGAUGUCUUCCAGAGAACAUUAGGAACUUACUGGUCAGUGAGGUACGCACCGAGUACCACUCGUUUGAGACAUUGUCUAGGAAGGCCUUAGACUUAGAGGCAACACUAGGCAAUGCUCAACCCACCUCAGGGAACGACUCAAAGAAGAAGAAGAGUCCCUAGGAGUGGAAGAAGAAGGGAGCGAAGUUGAUGAUGGUUGAGUCAGAUGGGACCCAAACUGAAAUCGACGAGCUCUUUGACCUGGUGGACUAUUCAGAGUGUGACGGCGAGGAGGUAGCUGAGGGUAGCACCCUCGCCGCGGUAGUAAAGACUAAGGCAUGUG